AUGAAAGUCGACAUUGAAGCACCUCCAGGUGACCGGUUGGGUUCGGCUGCAAACAUUCCAGGAACCGCUGUUGGAACCGACGCGGCAGGGCACACUACCUAUGUCUUGGAUUACAAGGUCACCAAGGACAAGCUCGCCUACCAGACAACGCUCCCCGGGGCAAAUAACCCUACGUUCGUCAUCGAAGACGUGACAUUCACUGAAACGGCCACGGUGGUCGCAGGGACAGACUACUUGUCUCAGACGAUGGACUACGUCGAAUUUCCCGGGGCCACCCAAACAAUCGGUUAUGCCUGCACCUACAGCGGAUCCGACGUCCAAUGUAGCGGCAACCCAGCUUCAACACCCAAGUCAACUGCAGCGCUCAGAAAAAUCACCCUCCAUAUCAACUCCGGCACAGCGCAUGCGCCUUCGAUGGUCGCAGCUGUCGCAAUGCUGAUAUUGUCAACAAUGAUUGUCCUUCUCCAAGGAUGA